AUGCUCGACUUGAUACAUCACGAUAUCUUCAAGACGCUACUACGAGACAGAGAGAACAGCAAUGCAGCGGACAAAUUUGGUCGAAUGCCUAUUCAUCUCACGGCUGCGAAUCACGACACCCGCUUCCUUGAUCAUCUGCUCGGCACAGGCAAGAUCACUGAUAUUGACGCUAGGGACCUUGAUCAAUGGACCCCUCUGAUGUGGGCAUCGCGGUCUGAUAACAGGGUCAAUGACGAGCGUCUUCUAUCAGAGAAGGCUUAUAUAUGGAAUGACCUCGAACCUGAACCUCAGCAGCGCUCAAGACUUAACCAAGUUGGUCUGGACGAGCUGGCUCGUGGCGAGUGA